AUGUCCUUCCUAUUUAACAGGAGUUCUCGCCCUCGAUCUCCUUCCGACCUUGCCAAGACCACGAAAGACCUUCUCACGAGACUAUGGGAGUCUCCAGGGUCGCAAAAGAUCGAGGAAGACAUCGCAAAACAGCUGUCCCAAAUGAAGAUCAUCACGCAGGGUACUCCCGAAAUUGACAGUACCCCAGCGCUGGUGCGGUCCUUGUUCGAGUCCGUGAUCCGGGAAGAUUUGCUCUUCCUGCUUGCACGCAGUAUUCGCAAACUUCCUUUCGAAGCGCGCAAGGAUACGCAGGCCAUCGUUACUCAUAUCCUCCGUUUCAAGCCGACGGAGAGCUCCGGAGACCCGCCAGCCGUCCAUUACAUCGUCCAUCAUCGACCCGAGGUUAUCAUUGAACUAUGCAGGGGCUUCGAAGACAACCAUAGCGCUCUCGCUUGCGCCUCUAUUCUCAAGGAGGCUGUCAAGUUCGAGGUCAUCGCGGCGAUCAUACUCUACAAUGAGCCGAUGGACUCGCAAUCCGCUAUGCGCCUUCAGCAACUCAAUGUCGAUGUGCCACAGUCGGGUGACGGGAUCUUCUGGAAGUUCUUCGAUUGGAUUGACAAAGGGAGCUUCGAAGUGAGCGCUGACGCCUUUAACAUCUUCAGGGAUCUCCUGACCCGCCACAAAACCAUGGUGGCCAGGUAUUUGGCUACCAACUUCGAUCUGUUCUUUUCCAAAUACCACAAAGUCCUCGUUCAAUCAGAUUCAUAUGUGACUAAGCGCCAAAGCAUCAAGCUUCUGGGAGAAAUCCUUCUCGACCGGGCCAACUACAAUGUCAUGACCGCAUACGUCGACAGCGGCGAGCACCUGAAGCUCUGUAUGACCUUGUUGAGGGACGAUCGCAAGAUGGUGCAGUAUGAGGGUUUCCACGUGUUCAAGGAAGAAUGCGCGCAGGUCUUUGUUGCAAAUCCGAACAAAUCCGUGGCGGUGCAGCGAAUUCUCAUCAAUAACCGCGACCGACUGCUCAAAUUCCUGCCCAAAUUCCUGGAGGAUCGCACCGAGGAUGACCAGUUCACCGAUGAAAAGGCCUUUCUGGUGCGCCAGAUCGAACUAUUGCCCAACGAGCCCGUGGAGCCCGCAUGCUCCCUAGGCUACCUACAGUUUUGGGACUGGAUCACUGCUCCGCCAACCAGUUUGCUGGGCGAAAGCUUACUUGCCCGCCGUCUAGACGCCUGUGGAGAGUCUAAGCCCGUUAGCUGCCGCGGCGCGACGUUUGCGAAGCUGUUCUUCUCAGCAUUGGAUCUCAAGCUCGCGACUGCUCCAGCCGGUCCACUGCUCCACUCUCCAGUCUCCAUCGCCGUAACUAAUUAA